UUUCAGGUAGUGGGAGUAAGGGACCAGGGGUUGGUUCAUUAAGCUUUGGAGGGUAGAAUAUUUGCAAGAGAAGCGAAGCGGGUGGCGGGGAGCCCCAGAAGAGAGACUCAAGUUUCAGUGUGUUCUCCAGCUUGUCUUCCGGGCUGCUCAUUUGUACUCCUCUUUCUCUCUGACUGCACGGAGAGCGAGCCCUUGGGUUUCCCCCUUGCAUGGGCUGGCGCCAGCGACCCGGGACACCCCGGUUGCUCUAGAGAGGGGCGGUGCAGGAUUUGCAAUCAGGCUACCGAGGAUGUGAUCUGGGAACUGGAACCGUCACUCCGCUUCCAUCUCCUUAGGUUCACCCUUAGCUUUCUGGGUUCAUGCCCUAGCUGGCAAGGAAGGCUUGCUGAGGCUCAGCUCCAAAGGGACUUGGGAAAUUUCAUAGAGCCCCCCCUGUUGCAACUUGGAGGAAGGGACUGCCGCUGUCAAAGCCGAGACUCCGCCUUAGUGUUAUUGCAUCCGUGGAUGGGGAGUUUCACUAAAGUGGGACGCCGGCACUCUGGUGCACCACAGAGACAGCCUUCUCCUCCCCUUGGGUGCACUGGGAUGGAGAUCCACAAGUAUUAACGCACACACGUGCACACCCCUCCACGGUAAUGGAGGAAAAUAGUGAGGGGGUAGCCAAAGUGUCAGUGCCCCGGGCCUGCGCGUUCUAGCACACCCACAGAAUUUAUGGGUUCAGUCAAAGGAAGCAAGAGGAUCGGGUUGUUUAUGGAGCUUUGGGCUGGGGCCAACCCCGCUGCCCUGCCCCCAUCCUGUUGCCGAGGCAAUGGUGCCCCGGCUCCGCAGAGGACAGCAGCCGCCCGGCCUCCGGGGCUGACCCUGGAGGAGAAGGAGGAGGAGGGGACAGCAGUGGUGGAGACAGAGCUGGAGCAGCAGCAGGGCUUGGAAGCGCGGCCGGACCCAGUACUAUGGCUGUGUAUUGCUAUGCGCUCAACAGCCUGGUGAUGAUGAAUAGUAGCAGUAAUGUGGAGAGUGGCAGCGGCGGCUGCAGCGGAGGCAGCGGCAAGGCGCCCCCGCCCUCUGGGAGACCCGGGCUGUCGGUGCCUGUGCUGAGCCCGGACAACAGCGUCUUCAGCCCAGGGAGAAGCACCUCCUUCCUCUUUCCUCCCUCCGAUCGGCUAUCGCCGGACGAGUCCGGGAGCCCAGGGAGUUGGCGGGGCGGUGGCAGCAGCAGCACCAGAAGCAGCAGCAGCGGUAGUAGCAGCAGCAGCAGGCGGAGGCUGAACAGUAGUAGCAGCAGCGUGGGCAGCCCGAGUUGGGCACCCCGUCUGGGAGGGGAGGGGCAGCAGGUGGUGUCCCCUGGCAGCCUCUCCCCAACCGGUCCGGAGGAGGCCAAGAAGAAACUGAGGAUUCUGGAGUGGGAGCUACAGAAUGUGCAGGUGAACCAGAAAGUGGGAAUGUUCGAGGCGCACAUCCAGGCGCAAAGCUCCGCCAGGGAAGCGUCCCGGAGCCCCCGGCUUGGCAGGGCCCGCUCGCCCUCCCCUUGUCCGUCCCGCAGUAGCAGUCAGCCCCCCGGCAGGAUCCUCGCUGAGUACACCCAGAUAGAGGAGAGGAGGACAAAGUCCUGGGGAGAGCAAUGCCUGGAGACCCCAGCGGAGAGGGGGAGCAAGGAGGGCCAGCCCCGAGAAAGUAGAAGCUCGGUUUCCCCCCUGGAGACGGAGAGGAGGGCGCUUACCCUCGGGACUUCGAGACGGGACACUCCAAUGGAGACUGGAAACUGGAGCCUGGCACGUGGGCCACAGGGUUCUCCUUUAGGAGUGGAGAUGGAGAAGGGGACCCAUACGGGGCGAGCGACAUUCACGAAUAAGGAAGUCCGCGAGGGAGAUCAUCCCCUCCCGGGAGCGCAGGGCUGUGAGACCCUUGUAGACUCCAGGGGAGUAAAGCUCUCUAGAGAAGCCGGCACUGCCGGGGUUAAAGAAGUAGAAAGAAGGGACUCCACAGGCAGGGAGCACCCCUCUGAGGCCCUCUCCCAGGAAACCUCUGCCUGGAUAGAGAGAGGUUUUGUCUCUUUUGGAGUGUGUGCCUCUGAGAAUCCAGUGCAGAGAGAGGGGAGAACCAGGUGCAGCGGGCCACCUGCUGCCCAAGAGAAAGUCGGGAUCGGUGUCUCGAAGGCAGCUCUUGAGAAGUUGGAGAAAGGAAACCUGCCUGGUCUACUGCAGGGAUCCUUGGCUCCAGAAGAGAGUGAGGGCAGGAAUACCCCGGCUUUGGAUAUGCAAAGCUCAGUGCCCUCUGUGGCUCGGAGUUGCACCAGGGCAUCCACAGGGCACAGCCUGGUAGCUUCAGGGGAGCCCCAAAAGAAAGGAUCUCUGGUAGUUUUAGUGCAAAGGCCUGACUUUGACCAGGGGGAGAAAACAGGGACUAAAUCAUUUGGAAUUCCAGGCAGAGCUGUGCAUCUAGGGAAGGUGGAGGUGGAGGUGGAGUCAGAGUCAGGAAUUCUUUCUGGCCACAUGCAAGACGCUUUGCCUUGCAGGGAUCCUGUAGAAAAGGGAGAAAGGUAUCAGUGUUCUCCCAAGAACAGUUUUGGUGGACAGUUCAAAAGCUUGGUGACUUGGCCCAGCCCGAUGGAGGAGGCUGGUACCACCUGGACAGACCCUGAUAAAGUGGUACCACCAGAUGGGACUUCAGAGAGGAAGCAGCAACAGGAACAGCAAGAAAACCAUCAGGGUAAAGAGCUGACCCCUGAAUCUGAGAGGAAGCCUUCCCUGAGGGAGACUUGCUAUCCCAGCAACAUCCCAGCAGUUAUUAUUACAGAUAUGGGGGCCCUGGAGGACGGGGAAGGGGGCUUAGAGGAAGCUCAGGGAAGCCCUCGAGGGAACAUGCCUUUGAGAAAGCUGUCUUCCUCCUCUGCCUCUUCCACUGGUUUCUCCUCAUCCUAUGAUGACUCUGAGGAGGACAUUUCCAGUGAUCCAGAGCGCUCUUUGGACCCAAAUUCUGCUUUCCUGCAUACCCUGGAUCAGCAGAAACCUAGAGUGAGCAAAUCAUGGAGGAAAAUCAAGAACAUGGUGCACUGGUCUCCCUUUGUCAUGUCCUUCAAAAAGAAGUACCCUUGGAUUCAGCUGGCGGGACAUGCAGGGAGUUUCAAAGCAGCAGCCAAUGGCAGGAUCUUGAAGAAACACUGUGAAUCAGAGCAACGCUGUCUUGAUCGCCUUAUGACGGAUGUUCUGAAACCUUUUGUCCCUGCUUACCAUGGGGAUGUAGUAAAGGAUGGAGAGCGGUACAACCAGAUGGAAGACUUACUGGCUGACUUUGACUCUCCCUGUGUGAUGGACUGCAAGAUGGGAGUCAGGACCUAUCUGGAGGAGGAGCUCACAAAAGCUAGGAAGAAGCCCAGUCUUCGGAAGGACAUGUACCAGAAGAUGAUUGAAGUGGACCCUGAUGCCCCAACAGAAGAAGAGAACAUUCAGAGAGCAGUAACCAAGCCCCGAUACAUGCAGUGGAGAGAAACCAUCAGUUCGACAGCUACUCUUGGAUUCAGGAUUGAGGGCAUUAAGAAGGAAGAUGGCUCCGUGAACCGAGAUUUCAAGAAGACCAAAACAAAGGAGCAAGUUACGGAAGCUUUCAGAGAAUUCACCAAGGGAAACCGUAACAUCCUGAUUUGUUACCGGGACCGCCUGAAGGAUAUCCGUGCCACCCUGGAAAUCUCGCCAUUCUUCAAGUGCCAUGAGGUAGGUAGAGUGCCCUUUCAGUCUUUCAUAAAAAAGGAUAAAACUACCAGUGUUCCUUCAGUCAAUGGAUUGGUUUGUUCUUCUGAUGGGCUGGCUUGUUUUGUUUUGUUUUGUUUUUUUCAAAGGCUAAGUACAGCCAUGACUAAACAUCCAAUACUGGGGCCAUCUUGCCUGUGUGAUGCCAAGGUGCUGGGCCCUGGGUACUAACUUAAGGAAUUAAAUAAUCUAACUUCUUCUCAAAUUUUCUAGAUUUCUGUGCUUGUGAAGAAUGCUUGUAUGGUGGGGGCAGACUGGGUGGCCAGUGGCUAGAGAGCCAGGCUCAGAGAUGGAGAUCUUGGGUUCAGAUGUGACCUCAGACACUUUCUAGCUGUGCCACUUCACCCUCACCGCCUACCUCUUACUGCUCUUCUGCCUUCAAUCAAUAUUGGUUCAAAGACAGAAGAUAAGGAUUUUAAAAAGGAAAAAAGAAUGUUUGUGUGAGCAAGGCAUUUCUUUCACACAAUCUGGGCUCCUUCUCUUUGGGGCUUAGGUUAAGUAAGCUAUUUUCUGAGCUGUUUGGAUGCUGAAGGAACCCCCUGAGCUCAUAGAAAGUUACUUAGCUCCCCCUAGGAGUCCCUGCCAGAGCAGACACGUCCUCAGGAAAGGGGCUUUCCAGUCCUCUUAAAAAACUAGAGGCCAGAAUGACUGGAGUUGGUCUGAAGAGCCCCCCUGAGGGCAAGGGCCCUAGAACCACUGAGGAAGAGACACUGCUCUGAGAAAAGAGGCAAGUCUCAGGGAGAGGGCGAGGUUCAAGGCGCCAAGGGGCCCUGGUGUCCCCUCCUCCCCUCCAAUAUGCACAAGCUCACACUGAGGAAAGAGACAGAGGCAGGGAGCUGGCAGCCCAGCCUGCUUCUCUGCUGUUAGCUUGCCAGGGUUGCAGUAUUGUAAAAGAACCUAAAUCCUGCCUGCUGGGUUCUGAGGCUCCAAUGUGGAAUCUCUGCCCUCACCUUUAGUCCUCAUUAGUGACACCAGAAAAGGAUUCUAGAUGAUGCAGUGGACAGAAUGCUGAGCCUGGAGUUCAAAUCUGGUUUCAAAUAUUUCUUAGCUGUGUGACUUUGGGCAAGUCACUAAACCCUGUUUGUUGCAGCUUUUUCAUUUAUAAAAUAAGCUGGAGAAGCAAGCUACUCCAGGAUCUUUGCCUAGAAAACCCCAAAUGGGUUCUGGAAGAGUCAGGCACCAACUCAAGAACAACAGCCACCCCACCACCCUUUCCUCUAAGACAUUGUGAAUGAGAGGACCUGGGUUCAAAUUCAGACCCUGCAAGUCACCUCAUCUGCCUGGGCCCAAGUUUCCUUAACUGGGUCUUUUUUCUAUCCCUGCUGCUUGGCAGUGCCUGGCCCAUAGCAAGCACUUAAAUGUUGAUUGACUGAUUGAUUGUAGAGAGUGCUUAGACUCACUCUCUGAGAGCCAAGCUGCUACAUCUUCCCUUGGGGCAUCUCCCCUCUGGUACCCUGAGAGAUGUGAAGCCUUCUCUAAUUCCCUCAGGCUAAUGUAACAAUGGAGUCAUCCCUCUCUCUCCCAGUGAGGAGUUUGCUGUUCAGUCACUUUUUUUCAGUCUUGUCCCACUAUUCAGGAACCCAUCUCAGGGUUUUAGGCAGAAUACUGGAGUAGUGGGCCAUUUCCUUCUUGGGCUCAUUUUACAGAUGAGGAAACAGAGGCAAACAGGGUGAAGUGACUUGCCCAGGGUCACACAGUAAGUGUCCAAGGCUGGAUUUGAACAUAGGUCUUCCUGACUCCACCUCCAGUGUUCUAUCAACUACAUCACACAGAAGCUCCAGGCUUGAACCUAGGUUACACCGGCGAUACGAGAGUUGGACUGAGGUUCCUUCCAGCUCUGCAUGGAUGAGCCUCCGAAUCUCUGCCCGACGAGUUUGGCUUUGAGAUCCAGACUUGGGCUCCUGCUCAGAGUGGUGUUAAUAAGAAGUCCAGGCUCAGCAGGCCAGGCCGGCCCUGGAAUGCCCCUCUCUUCUCUUUUUCACUGGAGUCAUUCAGACUUUCCCAGAUCACCACCACCUCCAGAAGGGCCCAGCAGGCAGGAAUGCUUUUGUGUUCCAAGAGACCUUACUUCCACUGUUACCCACAGCCAUGGCGUCUGAUAAGAUGCUAAAAGGUCACCAUUCAUUCUGCCUGGCCAAGGCUCUCUCUGUCUCUGUCUUUCUCUGUCUCUCUCCCUCUCUCCUCUCUCUCUUCUCUCUCUCUCCCCCCUCUCUCCUCUCUCUCUCUCUCUCCUGCUCUCUCUGUCUGUCUCUCUCUCCUCACUCUCUCUCUCUCUUCUCUCUCUCCCCCC